AUGAUGAACGAUUAUGAGGAAAGAAAUGCACGACCAAGAUUGUUGGAAGUUAGUGAUGGUGUGAAGGGAGAGGUGAUUGUCUUAAGUGACGACGAUGACGAUGCUAAAAUUGUUUCUGCUAAAAAGAAGGUUAUUUUGAGC